AUGAAUAACACUUCUGGAUAUGCUUUCUCAUUUGGAAGUGAAGUGUUCUCUUGGGCAUCUGUCAAGCAACACAGUGUUGCUCUCUUCACAGCUGAAGCUGAAUAUGUUAGUACAAGUGAAGCUACUACUCAAGCUAUAUGGUUGAGGUUUGUACUUGAAGACUUUGGAGAAUUGCAGACAGAGGCAACUCCAUUAAUGGUAGAUAACACAUCUGCCAUUGCAAUGACAAGGAAUCCAGUUUUCCAUCAAAAGACCAAACACAUUAACCGCAGAUACCAUUUCAUUCGAGAUGCUUUGCAAGAAGGUGUGGUGGAUCUAAGAUACUGCAAGUCUGAAGAGCAAGCAGCUGACAUAUUCACUAAAGCUUUGUCUAAGGAUCGAUUCAAUUACUUAAGAGGUCUGCUUGGUGUUAAACCAGUCAACAAUUUAGAAAGGAAUGUUGAAUUAUAA